AUGGCCACGCUGGCCCGGCUGCAGGCGCGGUCCACGGCUUUAGCGCAGCAGUACUACUUUAGGAACAGUGUUGUGGAUGCAUUUAGGAAAAAGGAGAACGACGCAGCCGUCAAAAUCCAGAGCUGGUUUCGAGGAUGUCGAGUUCGGGCCUAUAUCAGGUAUUUACACAGAAUAGCAACCACUGUUCAGAAAUGGUGGCGAGGUUACUUAGGAAGACAACAUUGUCAACUCAUUGUAGAGAUAGCAUAUUGUGCUCUGAAGAUGAAUGUCUACAAUGCAAUGGCUGUCAGGAUCCAGAGGUGGUGGCGAGGCUACAGGAUCCGAAAACACUGCUUCGAUUAUAUUUACUUGAAGGCAUAUCUGCGAGCUGUUGAAAGGACCAAUGACACAGUUCGGAAAGCUCUGGACGAGUUUGCAGAGAUCAGAGAAAGAGAAGAGAAGGAGGCUGCCCUGAAAAGGGAGAAGAAGAAAAAAGAUUACCAAGCCCGAAAGAUGCAUUACCUCCUCAGCACGAAGCAGAUUCCAGGUGUGUACAAUUCACCAUUCAGGAAGGAACCUGACCCCUGGGAGCUGCGGCUUCGGCAGGCAAAGCCUUGGACGCGAAAGAAACUGAGAGGGCAGCUGCAGCGCCCCACCAGUCUGACCAGCUGGCUGGCAUGUACCAGCGCGCGGUCCUUCCCUUGCUCCGAAAUCCUGCCACCCAUUAAUAGGAAGCAGUGCCAGGGUCCCUUCCGUGACAUCACCGAAGUGCUAGAACAGCGCUACAGACCUUUGGAGCCAACUCUGCGGGUGGCUGAGCCGGUCAACGGGGUGAAAGAGGCCAGGGAGGAGUUCAGAAGACAGGAAAAGGCGAGAAACGUUCAGGACAACAUGUUUUUGCCUUUUGCCUCCUACCACAAGAAUGAAAAGUACAUCCCGUCUGUGCAUUUAUGGAGCAAGUGCGGCUCCAGUUCUUAUGGAUGUCAGCAUUUCAGAGAUGAAAAUCCUAAGAAGUGGGUCUCUGGCAAGGACUUCCAAACCGUAUUACCAUCAUUCGAUCUCUUCUCCACAUAUGGAAAAUCAUAUUCAAAAGCUGGACAAAUUUUAUAAAGAAAUUACAUCUACACGUGCUGUUCCCGUAUGUUCUCUACCAUCCUCUGUCGAGCCACUGGCUUAUUAUACCAACAUAUUCCUCCUUUUAAAGAAAAAUAAGUAGAACGAAAGAGAGCGGCGCAGCAGCAAGAAGAGAAAAAAUAGAACAACGCGUUGGUAAAGGAAACUGCAGUCUACCCAGUGCCUCCCCA